CUUCCCUGAGAAUCGGAUAUCAUGUCUCUCCCGUACGACCCUUCUACUCAAGCCAACUGGCAAGACAUCGCCACAGAGAACGUCGAUUUCGACUGGACCGUCAACUUCCAGCAACAGACCAUCUCGGGAUCUGCGACCCAUCACCUACGCGUGAAGAAAGACGAUGUACAUCAAGUGGUCUUUGAUACUCAAGCGCUGGAGGUCACCAAGACCACCGUCGAGGGGAAGCCUGUCGAUUACAAGCUCGGGCCUCUCCAUGCUGUCAUGGGCACACCUCUGAUCAUUCCUGUCCCUUCUGGCCUCAAAGUUGGCGAUCAAGUCCACGUGCAGAUAUUCUACAGCACGACCAAGGAGUGCCCUGCGCUACAAUGGCUAGACAAGGAACAGACCCAGGGCAAGAAAUUCCCCUUCGCCUUCAGCCAAGCGCAGCCCAUCUACGCUCGCAGUCUCGCCCCGCUCCAGGACACUUCCUCGGUCAAGAUCACCUACACCUCGAAGGCGAAGUCGGUCCUUCCGGCGCUGAUGUCCGCCAUCCGCGUCUCUCCCCCGUCCGACGGCCCCGCGCAUGACGGAAAGGAGGUCGGCAAGGACUGGGUCACCUACGAAUACAGACAGCCUAUCCCCAUACCUCCAUACCUGGUCGCCAUCGCAGCGGGAAACUUCACCUACCGCGCCCUUCCGAAGGUGGAGGGCAAGCAGUGGACGAGCGGUGUCUGGGCCGAACCUGAGACCCUGGACGCUGCCUACUGGGAGUUCAGCGAGGACAUCAAAAAGUUCCUGGUUACCGCGGAGACGAUCUUGCCUCCGUACCGGUUCGGCGUGUUCGACGUGCUCGUUCUUCCGCCUUCGUUCCCCUACGGCGGUAUGGAGAAUGCUUGCCUUACCUUCCUGACGCCAACUUUGAUUGUCGGUGACCGAACGCUCACAGACGUAGUGGUCCACGAGAUGACGCACUCCUGGUUUGGCAACGGUGUAACCCAAGCGAACUCGACCCACUUCUGGCUCAACGAGGGCUGGACGACCUACAUCGAGCGCCUCCUCCUCCAACUCCUCCACACGCCCGCCGACCGCGGCUUCUCCUUCCUCAUCGGCCGAAAAUCCCUCGAGGACGCGCUCAAGCAGUACUCGGACCGCCCAAAGUACCAGCGGCUCGUCAUCGACUUCGAGACGGGCGAGGACCCCGACGACGCGUACAGCACGAUCCCGUACGAGAAGGGCGCGAACUUCAUCCUGCACCUCGAGCGCAUGCUCGGCGGCCUCGACGCGUUCCUGCCGUACAUCAAGGACUACGCGACGACCUUCCAGGGAAAGAGCAUCACGACGGAGGACUGGAAGCGCCAUCUGUACGCGUACUGGGAGAAGCACGGCGGCCCGGAGAAGAUCAAGGCGCUGGACAGCGUCAAGUGGGAUGAAUGGCUAUAUGGCGAAGGCCUCAAGCUCCCAGUUGAGGUGGUAUAUGAUACCGCGCUCGCGCGCGACGCCUACUCUCUUGCGGAGAAGUGGGACGCGUCUCGUCACGAGGCAGACAUCGCCAAGCUGUCCUUCUCAGCAGCGGACGUGGCGUCCUUCAACGCCAACCAGAAAGCCGUUUUCCUCGAAAGGCUCCAGUCAUAUCCUGCCCUGCCGUCCUCGCACAUCGCUCACCUCGGCGAGGUCUACUCCCUAUCCACGACUCUCAAUGCCGAGCUCCGCUGGCGCUUCUAUGAGGUCGCAUUGCUCGACCCCACCUCACCUUCCUCGCAGGAGUAUGCGCCGCAGGCUGCGAAGUGGGUCACCGGCAACGAUGGAACGGGCAUUGUCCGUGGCAGGAUGAAGUUCUGCCGGCCGACGUUCCGUGCGAUAGCACGAGCGGACAGGAAGCUUGCGCUAGACUACUACUCUUCGAACAAGCAGUCGUUCCAUCCUAUCGCGCGGAGAUUGAUCGAGAAGGAUCUCGGUAUUGCAUGAGGACGGAUAUGGUAUCGAACGACGAAGGGUACAAUCAACUUGAGGAGACUACGCCAUGCAAAACAGGCAGCAUUGUACACGAGAACACUGUAGUGGUACCCAAUGUAACAAACGCAUCUUCCACAUCUAUACGAUGACGUCUACUUAAAGCCACCCCACAAAUCCCCGAAAGCAUCGUCCUUCUUCUGGACGUUCGCCGUCGUAGUAGUCGCAGCAGGCGCGCCCCACACAUCGCUCGUCGAGAACAAGCUCUGUGGAGCGCCAGCGCCAGCACCAAUUCCCCCGCCAGGCGUGCCCCAGAUAUCUGUCUGCGCAGGUGCGGCAGCAGGGGCGUUCCACCCCGAGCUCGCGCCCCACAGCCCGACGCCCGCAUUGCCUAUCAUACUCGUCUGCUGGGGCUGCUGCUGCUGUGGCUGGCCGAACCCACCCGCGCCUGCGCCCCAUAUGGUCUGCUGCUGAGGCGCCGUCCCGAACCCGCCCAAACCACUUAGCCCACCGAACUGGUUCUGUGCCUGCGGCUGCAUGCCAGGCUGGGCUCCGAAUCCACCUGCACCCGCGCCGGCAAACGCAGCCUGCUGCUGCGCGUACGGGUUGGGUUGCGCGGGGGCAGCGGUAGAGAACAGGGACAUGAUCUCCGCCUUGACGUCCUUCUUCGGCUGCUCCUGCUGGGCGGGCUGGGGCGUCGAGCUCGUGGGCGCGUGGAAGUCGAGGGAGAAGAGGUCCACAGCUGCCGACUGGGGCUGUUGCUGCUGCACCGGCGGUUGCGCUUGUUGCUGCUGAGGGGAAGGGAUGGCGGGGGAAGCGGUCUGCCGGCUGGCAGCUACGGCGGUCGAGAGCAGCUGAUGCGGCUGCUGCGAGCGGACCGCGUUGACGGAGGAGACGGAAGCGCGGGAGGCAUGCGAGGGGGAAGCGAUUGGUGCUGGCGCAGGGGUGGUUUGGGCGGGAGCAGGGGCAUCGCCUUCGAGUACGGCGGGGUCUUCUGGGAGUGGACCCUCGCGUGCCCAUCGCUUGGACUCGUAUUUCGAGCGGAUGUAUGAAUCCAUCUUGUGAUCAGGUGGAACAUGGCCUUGUCUCAAGUGUGCCUCCCAGUACAAGUUCGCCCUCCGGUUCCCCCACUUUUGUAUUGAGGCCAUCUGCUCCGGAGUCCAAACGUCGAGAUCCACGGACUUGACUUUGCUUAUGUGGGUGCCCAUAGAACGGUGGAUGCCUGAGCAUCUGAUGCACAGGAAAACACCCAAGUUCCAAGAGGCCCAUCGCGGGUCGUUACGCUUGCAAUCGGCGCAUGUCUUGUUCUCUGGUCUUUUGAGAAGCUCUCUAAGGGUGCGUGCAUGACGCUCAAUUGUCGCCUUGUCCUGCUUGGUCGACAUGAUG